AUGUCGAGUGCAGCCGCGGGGCGUACUGCGUGGGUGCACCAUACACCUGACAGAACGACUCUGACUGUAGACGAUACUGACAGAAAUCCGUUGAGUAAUAGAUGGAAAACGCGACAAACAGAUCUUACGCGGACACCAAGAAACCAUAACGCCUCGCAGCACUACAGCACUAUAGAACUACAGGCUCCGCGUGAGUACACGCUGUCGUUGAGAGCGUGUCGCGCGGUAGUGCGGCGGCCGGGCGCGGGGCAGCAGCGAUGGUCGCGGCGGCGGAGUGACAAUAUUAGCGCGGCGCCCCGGAGGCCCGCGACCGCCGCGCCCCUAUUUAUAAAUGUAUAUGUAUGCACGUGUAGUUCACGAAAAGUGCGGCUACUGACCGUCUCUCGGCAUGUGGAGCGUCGGGCCGGGAUGCGAGCGUGGCGUACAGCGCGGCGCGGAGUCGCGGGCGUACUGAACACCGCCAGUGGUCGCUGGCCGCCGCUACAUCGCGGGCGCCCGCGCCGCGCCCGCAUCACUCUCAGCAUACCCUUCAAGAUUAAUGCCCAGUGUUUUGUUUAG